ACUUUACUCUUGAUUUUGAUUUGUUUUCAUUUUUAUUUUACUAAUUAAAUGUUUCUCAAUUGUUUUAAUUGCUUGUAAUGGAUUAUGAAUUUAAGAUUAAAUUAACUCAAGAAAGAGCAAAAGUUGAAGAUUUUUUUGAAUAUGAAGGAUGUAAAGUAGGAAGAGGGACUUAUGGUCAUGUAUUCAAAGCUCAUAGGAAAGAUGGGUCUGAUAAUGAAGAUUAUGCUCUUAAACAGAUUGAGGGAACAGGAAUCUCCAUGUCUGCCUGUAGAGAAAUAGCAUUAUUGAGAGAAUUGAAACAUCUAAAUGUAAUUAAUCUUCAACGUGUAUUCCUAUCACAUCAUGACAGAAGAGUUUGGUUACUUUUUGACUAUGCGGAACAUGAUCUUUGGCAUAUAAUCAAAUUCCAUAGAGCAGCUAAAGCCAAUAAGAAAUUAGUUAAUCAUCCCAAAGCAAUGGUUAAAUCACUAUUGUAUCAAAUUCUUGAUGGAAUUCAUUAUCUACACACUAAUUGGGUUCUUCACCGAGAUUUGAAACCAGCAAAUAUUUUGGUCAUGGGAGAAGGACCGGAACGAGGACGUGUUAAAAUCGCUGAUUUGGGAUUUGCUCGACUUUUCAAUGCUCCAUUAAAACCUUUAGCCGAUUUAGAUCCAGUUGUGGUUACCUUUUGGUAUCGUGCUCCUGAACUACUUUUAGGUGCUCGUCAUUAUACCAAAGCAAUAGACAUUUGGGCAAUUGGUUGUAUUUUCGCUGAAUUAUUAACAUCAGAGCCAAUUUUCCAUUGUCGACAAGAAGAUAUUAAAACGAGUAAUCCGUAUCAUCAUGAUCAAUUAGAUAGAAUUUUCAAUGUAAUGGGAUUUCCACAGGAAAAAGAAUGGGAAGACAUAAGAAAAAUGCCAGAAUAUCAAACACUUCAAAGAGAUUUUAAAAGAACCAAUUAUGCCAGUUGUUCACUAGUCAAGUACAUGGAGAAACACAAAAUUAAGCCUGAUAGUCGAGCAUUUUUACUUCUUCAAAAGCUUUUACUCAUGGAUCCAACCAAAAGAAUAACGUCUAGUGUAGCGAUGCAAGAUUCCUAUUUCUCUGAAGAACCACAACCAACCGGAGAUGUUUUCAAUGGUUAUCCUAUUCCUUAUCCUAAACGAGAGUUCCUUAACGAUGAUGACAAUGAAGAGAAACCUGAUAACAAUAAGGCUCAAGCCAAUAAUCAGCAAGCAAAUCAUGGGGAUAAUAAUCAUGGACCACAACCAAAUAAACGCGUUCGUAUGGCGGGUAUGGGUGGACCAGGGGGUCCAGUCCAACAAUCAAAUAUGCCCAACCAGGGGCAUGGAAUGCAAAAUCAACCCAACUUACAAUAUGGAAAUAAUAAUGGUCAACCAAUGAACAAUAAUUUCCAACAAAGAUAUUGAUGAGAGAAAAGUUUUUCUCUUUAUUUUAAUUCCAAAUUAUGUUAAUAACUCAUAAAUAUUUAUAUAUUUCAUCAUAUUGAAAUUACGACCAACGAUUUGGAAAAAAUCAUCGGAUAACCACUAGACACAUUAAUCUAUGGAUUAAAUUUGGUCUCAAUGAAGAAAAUAUUAUCUCUUCAUUAGAGAGAUAUUGUAAAACUACAAAAUUAUUUACACAAUGGAAAAGAAAAAUUUCAACGAAAA